AUGUAUUCGCCUUUAAUUAUUCGACGGCUAAAAUCUUUGGUAACUCCAAUCAGACAGGUCUCUGAUGCCAGAAAAUCAUUGAUUGCUCAGUUAAAUCAAGAAUUGGAUGACAUCAGGGGAGCCGGCACUUACAAGAAUGAACGUGUUAUCUUGGGAAAACAGGGGAUGGAGAUCAAAGUGCAGGGCCAAAGCCGCAGUCUACUCAACUUUUGUGCCAAUAAUUACUUGGGUCUAAGUAGUGAUCCGGCGGUUAUACAGGUGGGAAUGAUUACAAAGAAAGCAUGAUUGUUCUAACUUAACAUAAUUCUUUCUUCACAGGCCAGUAAGACGGCACUGGACAGUCAUGGUGCAGGUCUGAGUUCUGUUCGUUUCAUCUGCGGAACCCAAGACAUCCACAAAACAUUGGAACAGAAGAUCGCCCAGUUCCAUGGCCGAGAAGAUUGCAUUUUAUAUGCAGCUUGCUUCGAUGCAAAUGCUGGGGUUUUCGAGGUGUUAACUAGUGAGUUAUUUGGUUUGAAUUUAUGGUAUAAUGGUCGACGUCACUUCAGCCAAAGAUGACGCAAUUGUGACCGAUGAACUAAACCAUGCCUCGAUUAUUGAUGGAGUCAGAUUAUCCAAAGCAAAACGAUUCUUGUUCAAACAUAUGGACAUCAGGGACCUUGAAAACAAACUUAAGGAAACCAAGGGUACCUUGCUUCAUUCUCAUCAACCCUAUUUCCAUUUCAGAUUGCCGGAGAAGAGUGAUUGUAACUGAUGGAGUGUUCAGUAUGGACGGGGAUAUUGCCCCAUUGAAUGAGAUCUACCAGCUAGCCGAUCAAUUUAACGCUUUGAUAUUUUUGGACGAGUGCCAUGCUACUGGAUUUCUGGGAGCUACUGGCAGAGGAACCGAAGAAGCUUUGGGUAAAAAGAAAUGGGGUUUAAUGUAAGAUUCGCGUACGACGACAAUCGAGUCCUCUACAGUCAGGGCCCGCGACUUACGAGCGGGCAACCGGGUCGGGUGUUCAAAAAUUUUCAAAUCUACCUGCCUUUCACCUGGCCGGGCUCGAGAUUUCGACCCGAGGCCCGGUUCUCAAGCCAAAUGAAAGAAAUGCAUACAUUUAAAUUGAUCAUUUAUUAAUUCUAACUUGCUAUAGUGGUCAUACAUAAUUGAGCCCGUUUUUGCCCCCUUUUUUUUGUCCACAUGACGGCUUUCUUUGAAAAUACUUUGACCAGCCAGCCAAUGAAUUGAAAUCACAGCCAAAGUUUUUAAUCGCUAGCCGAAGACCCACAUGUAGAUCGGCUGGCCAAACUGCUAGAACGACGUUAAAGCCUCAAAGAAGCUAGCCAAAAAGUUGGAAUGGGCGUAAAAAAGUUUCAAACGACGUCCCAAUUAUUAAAAUGGCUAGUAAAAAACUGGAAUCAACCUUUUGGCUAGCUUUUUUCGAGGCUUCACAGUUAUUCUGACACUUUGGCUAGCUAAUCCAGGUUUUUUGGCUAAGAUUUGGCUGUGACUUCAACUCAUUGGUUAGCUGGUCAAAGAAUUUUCAAAAAUAAAAUAUUGGGGCAAAAACGGCCUGGGGACAAACCGUUUUGGGACACAAAGGCCCAAAGAAAGUGAGGAUAAUACUACCACAUUCACAUAUGAGUACUAGAACGUGGACUGAUGCGUACUGUAUUAACUGGACCGGGCCCCUUUUGUCACCCUGCCAAACUUUGGAUUAAUUUUAGGACUCGGAAAUCGAGCGGAUAUAAUAAAUUCGACGUUGGGAAAAGCUUUGGGAGGAGCGAUGGGCGGAUACACAGUCGGACCCAAGCAAUUCAUCGACCUAUUGAGACAGAGAAGCCGGCCCUAUCUCUUCUCAAAUUCCUUGGCACCUCCGUUGGUGGGCGGAGCCAUAAAGGUAACCAAUUUGUAAAUCAUUUUAAUUAUACACACAGGGUGUUCCGAGAAACGUGCAAGAAGUCAGAGAAAAGACGCGCAAACGUACUCUCUCGCUCCAAAAAUUCCCCAUUUCUUCCCCGACAAAAUUUUUUUGCCUUAUUUUUUGGCCAACUGCCUGCAGCCGCAGACAUAACAGUCUAUUCUCCGAACCAUUUUAGCUUAUCUCAGCACCAUUUUUGAACGCUUUAUUAUGAGGCUAAAACUUCCAGAAAGUGUUCAAAUAAGUGCCAAGAAAUCGACAAAAACCCUUCCGAAACACCCUGUAAAAAUCUUUGCAGGUCAUUGAACUGCUUUCAAAUCCCAAAAACACAUUCAAAUCGGCAUUGGAAAAGAAUGUAAAACUGUUCCGAGAUGAGAUGAACAAGCUCGGAUUCAAGGUUAUGGGAGAUCCCCGUCAUCCAAUUUGUCCCGUUUUCUUGGGAGACGCCGCCUUGGCUUCUAAAUUCGCGAAUGAAAUGGUCAAGGAAGGGAUUUACGUCAUCGGUUUCAGUUAUCCAGUAGUGCCAAAGGGUAAAGCCAGGAUUCGUGUCCAGGUAAUCUUUGAUUUUGAAGAUUUAAAUUUAUCCUAAUUUUGAUUACCAUUGUGCCUUCCAGAUCUCAGCAGCGCAUACUCAACAGCAUAUCGAGCGGUGCGUUAAUGCGUUUAAGGAAAUUGGGUCAAAACUAAAGGUUAUCUAG